AGCUGGCAGGGUGCAUCCCCGCUGCACCCGGCGUCCUGGGCCUUCCCUGCCGACCGCGCGGCGAGUCCGGACGCGGCGGGCCCCGCGGCUCAGCCCUGCCCGGGAGGCGAGCGCCGGCCUCGCUGCCCCCGCGCUUUGCCUCUCCCGUCCCGGCUCCCGCAGCUUUCGCUGCAGCUGCUUUGCGCCGCCCAGGCCGCGCUCGCCUGCCGCCACCGCCGCCGCCGCCAUGCGAGCCGCGCUGCUGGCGCUCUGCGCCCUGCAGCUGUGCCCAGCUGUGCUCGGCGGGCCGGGGCGCCCGCAUGUCGUGGUGGAGCGGAGCGGGGCCAGGAAGCUGAGGAAGGUUGGAGGUUUUUCCUGGGAGAACUGCGGUGAUGGGAAGGACCCCGUGGUGCUGCAGAGCCUCUCCGUGGCGCCGGACCCCAUCACCAUCCCGGGGACCCUGCGGAUCAGCGCCGCCGUGACCGGUACCAAGGCCCUGACCUCCCCGCUGAAGGCAGUCGUGGUCGUGGAGAAGGCGCUGGGCGAGCUCUGGAUCCAGCUGCCCUGCAUCGACCAGCUGGGCAGCUGCACCUACAGCGACGUCUGCAGCAUCCUGGACGAGCUCAUCCCUCCGGGGACGACGUGCCCGGAGCCGCUGCUCACCUACGGCAUCCCUUGCCACUGCCCUUUCAAAGCGGGCUCCUACUCUCUGCCGGCCAGUGACUUCCUGCUGCCCGACGUCGAGCUGCCCUCCUGGAUGACCAACGGCAACUACCGCGUGCGGGCAGCCGUCAGCAACAACGGGCAGGAGCUCGCCUGCGUCAAGCUGGCCUUCUCCCUGCAGGCGCAGUGAGGGGCCGGGGGCCGCCCCCCCGCGGCCGGCCCCCGCGGCACGCGCCCCGGCCCCCGCUCGCCCCGCUGCCCUUUCCGCUUGGGCCCCCCCCUUGGCCCUCCUCCUGCUCCCGAGAAGACACGCCGACGUGCAAGGCAAGCGGAGAGGGAGGCUUUUGGUGGGCUGGCGAGGUGCCGGUCCUGGGAUGCGUCCCCGAUUCCUGCUGCUUCAUGUUCCCCCCCCCGUCCUGGUGAACAGGGAAAGGCCCCCAGCUGCCCCGCUCUACCCCAGAUCCCAUCACCAGCAUCCCCUGCCCGGGACAAAGCUCUCUUCAAGCACACUCCAGCCUUUCGGAGGGGACCGGGCCUGGGGGGUACUUAUUUUUUAUCAGUUUUCCAUUUCUUUUUUCUUAAUCUCCUCAGGGGAAUUUUAGACAAAAGCAUUCCAGAAAAAAGCAAUUCGUUUUUCUUGAAAUAAGAAAGGAGGGAGUGUUUGGAGAGGAAGUGAGAUUUGGCUGGGGGCUGCCUCGUGUCCCAGCCCCCCAGGCAGGCUGGAGGGUGCAGGAUUAGCUGCAAGGGUGUCCCCCGCUUACCCCCACCUCCUCCAGCUGGCCCACGACAGAGCAGUCUUGGAGGAAUGUCCACGGGAGACUCGUCCCCGUUACGGCAGCUCCGGGUCCUUUUUUUGGCAAACCACCCUCCUGUGCGGUGCAUGGAGCUGGCUCUGGAGACGCCCCUGCUGCGAGGACAUCCCGCCUGGUUGGUCUGCGAAAAAAGCUGCAAGAGAGAAAGAACUAAAAACUUGCAACCCCCAAGCGGACGUUCUUGCUCACAGGGGACGAGAUGACUCACGCUGCUCUUCAAGGGGAGGAGAGGAGCCUUAGUGCUCGGCGGCUCCCGCGCUGCGCAGGGCACGGGUAUGACACGCAGCUGGGGCGCAGCCUCAGCAAGGACGCUUCCUCCUCAUCUCAUUUUCAAACCCUAAUUCCGGCAAGGGUGAAUGUUUAACCACGGUCUUUAAAGAGUUGUUUCUCAAAUGCGCUUGCACGCUCCAACGCAUGUGCUUGCAGUGGGCAAGAUGUGCAGCCUGUCUGAUACUGCAGCAAGCAAAUGGGCUAAACGAGCGGUUUUUGCAGGCUGGGGUUGGCGUGCCACAAAAGACAGUUUAGGGCCUACUCCGAGAGCUUUGCCGGGAAGCUGCCCAGAUCUGCCCCAGCAGGCGUUUCUGUAUUGCUCCCCCUUGACAGCAGUGAGUGAAUCUCGUUUCCCAUGGCAUCCAGUCUCUUGGCUGGGGAAGGCCAACCGCUAUCUCCAUCCCCUCGUCUGACUGGGUGGACGUCCACCACGUGGCCAAAACGCCGGCACCCAUCACCUGGCAAACGCGUAGGUGGCGACGUGGUAGGUGUGUGUGCGCGUUGGGUUGCCCCCCCGUGCGUCCAGCCAGUCCUCGCCGGGGCUACGCAGAGCUCUCUCCAUAACCAUGAAGCACAGGUCGCUGGUCCCUGCUGCUGCAGAGCACACCGAACAACAGCACGGGGCAGAGCAGUGCCCUCCGCGACCGCCCCACGCUCCUGCUGCACGCGUCCGUUGCGGUGCACUGCAGCGUCAUCCGGGGUGCGUGGCGGACGUGACGAGAAGGGCGGCCAGCGCAGGCUGCACACGCGGCAGGUUUCCCUCCAGGGCUCGUCCCAUCCCAGCGCUCGGAGGGGUCCGCUGUGAACUGGGGGUGGACCUUGAAGAACAGCAGCCUGCUUGGGUGGCCUGUGGCCACAGCCCAACUCCUCCCGUUUGGCUGCUGAGUCUCUGAUCACCUUAUUUAGCAUUUCCGUAGGACUGGUCUUCCUCCGAGCACUUUAUAUGCCUUAAUUCCUGUACGGCUGCCUUGGCAUACAGCAGAGCCCAGGCUACGGGUGCUCUGCAAGGCAGACUUCCUCCCAAUACCUUUCUGCACUCUGAGCUCACUUCAUUUCAUAGGGCCACUGCCUUUGGCUUGGAUUUGUUUUGCCUAGAGAAGUGCUAACCAACUCACCUGCUUCCUGCUGCUUCGCUGCUCAGCACGCACGCCAAGAAGGCACCCUCCUUUCGGGCAGUUACUGCAGGUUCUUAAUAAAUCUUUUUACCUGAAA